UAUCCGACUGUUAAUCUAUCUUCUACCUCGAUAGGAAGAACAUCCUAUCUGUAUCUCUACUACCGCAGUGUAUUUGUGUUGUCCUAUUUUUCUCUCACGACAAUAUUUUUUAUCGAUUUAGAGAAACGUGUAGUUUCAGACUUUCCAUCAGUUUUCUAUUUUCCCGAGAUUCUUGCGUUUUUGAAAAAUGCGUGUGGCAAUCAUUGGUGGUGGUGCGGCUGGUCUGUCUUCGGCCAAACAUGUUAAAGCAGGAGGCCACGAAUGCGAGCUCUUUGAGAUGGCAGCUCAAGUAGGAGGCACUUGGGUUUACACCGAUGAUGUUGGAAAGGAUAAAUAUGGAUUUCCUGUAUAUUCUGCCAUGUACCAAGGGUUGAGAACCAAUCUACCAAAAGAAGUCAUGGGUUUCCCAGACUUUCCCAUUCCAGAUCAGAACAAAUCGUACCUCACCCAAGCUGAAAUUUUGGAAUUUUUGACUCAGUACGUUGAGCACUUUGAACUUGGACCUAUAAUAAAGACUAAUCACAUGGUGACCGAGAUCAGGCCUCUAGAGAAUGAUAGAUGGCAGAUUACGGCCAUUUACAAGCCAACAAACACGAGGAUCGUGAAAGAAUUCGAUUCCGUCAUAAUUUGCAACGGACAUUACAAUGAGCCGACGAUCCCCAAAUUCGAAGGGCAGGAGAAAUUCAAGGGUCAGAUCUUCCACAGUCACAAAUAUCGCAGCCCCAAACCUUUCGCUGGACUCAGGGUCCUAGUAGUUGGCGCUGGACCAUCUGGGCUAGAUAUGGCCCUCCAUAUAUCCAAAGUUGCCGAGAAGGUUGUACUCAGUCACCAUGUUAAGGAAGCCAAAGGCAUAGACUUCCUUGAGCAAAAACCAGAUAUUCGACGUAUUCUUGACGAAACUAUGGUAGAAUUCGUGGAUGGGACUUCAUGUUGUUUCGACUGUAUACUUCUUUGUACGGGUUUCAAAUACAGUUUUCCAUUCCUUCACGAGACUUGUGGCAUAACGAUCACCGACAAUCACAUACAACCCCUCUACAAGCACAUGAUCCACAUAGAAAAACCUACGAUGUGCUUCAUAGGGAUACCCUUCAACGUAUGCGCAUUCCAAAUGUUUGAUUUACAGGCAAGAUUCUACUGCAAAUAUUUGAAUGGAUCGAUGGCGCUUCCCUCCAAAGAUAGCAUGCAUCUGGACACGAAAGAAGACAUGCAAAUCCGUUGGGAGAAAGGCUACACAAGACGCCAAGCCCACAUGAUGGGGCCUGAUCAGCAAAAAUAUUACGAUGAUCUAGCCCGAAUGGCCGCCACUGAUCCAAUUGCCCCUGUAAUAAUCAAACUCAGAGAUCACAGUGUGAAGAGGCUCUAUGAAGAUCUCAAUAACUUCAGGGAGAAUAGAUAUAAGAUAGUAGAUGAUGAUACUUAUGUGAAAGUGCAAUAGUCCACGAUUCGGAUACUACAUGUCGUAUGGCUGCCUUUGUUGGUAUUUCUUAUUUAUUUUUGUACUCAUUAUGCAUAUUUAUGUAUUUAAUUAAAUUAUUGAUAAUA